AAAGAAAGGCAAGGGAGAUUAGUCAGAUUGCAUAAUAAAGUAAGAAAGGGAAAUUUGGGUGAGAAUUAUUAGUACAAAUGGCGUCUUCUUAGAUGGUGGUGGGGGGUUUAAAAGCUAGCUACCAGAUCACACAUCCUCUGCAACUCUCCUCUCUUUUCUCUAUUCCUUUCUUUCUGAGUUUCUUCUAAGUUCAGAGGAAUAUUGAGGAUUUGAAUCGGAAUCAUCAUCAAACUGGGGAUAUGCAGGAGCCGAGUGUGGAAACGGAUAAGUUGAGCUACGAGAUAUUUUCCAUCCUGGAGAGCAAGUUUCUGUUUGGGUAUGAUGAUCAGAAGCUUUGGAUUCCCAAGAGCAUAACGCCGGCUGUUGAGCCGUGCAAGAAUAAUGAAGUGGUUUCGACGUCGCCGGCGCCGGGGGCUAAGAACCCGAGAGGGAAAAUUUGUGUGUUGUCCAUUGACGGCGGCGGAAUGCGGGGAAUCCUGUGUGGGAAAGCGCUGUCGUAUUUGGAGCAGGCGUUGAAGGCGAAAUCCGGGAACCCGGAGGCCCGAAUUUGUGAUUUUUUCGACGUCGCCGCCGGCUCCGGCGUCGGGGGAAUUUUCACGGCGAUGUUGUUUGGGACGAAGGAUGAGAAAAAUCCAAUCUUUAACGCGGACGGGACGUGGAAGUUUUUAGCUGAGAAUGGGAAAAGACUGUUUUCCAAGAAUUCCGGCGGUGCUGGGAUUUUCCGGCGAUUUUUCGCCGGAGGUGGGGCCGUUUCCGCCGCCGCCGGGAUAGAGAAGGCGAUGAAGGAGGCAUUUACGGACGAGAAAACCGGCCGGAGCUUAACACUUAAGGAUACACUAAAACCGGUUUUGAUUCCAUGCUACGACCUUUCAAGUACGGCGCCGUUUCUAUUCUCCCGAGCCGACGCGCUGGAGUCGGACAGCUUCGACUUUCGGCUCUGGGAGGUAUGCAGAGCCACGUCAGCGGAGCCGGGAGUGUUCGAGCCGGUUUGCAUGAGCUCCGUCGACGGCUCCACGCGUUGCGUGGCCGUGGACGGCGGCUUAGCCAUGAGCAACCCGACGGCGGCGGCUAUUACCCACGUUCUCCACAACAAACAGGAGUUCCCGUUGGUUAGAGGCGUGGAGGACAUUUUGGUACUUUCACUAGGAACCGGUCAACAGCUUCUAGAAGGCAGUUUCCCAUACGAGCAAGUCAAGGAUUGGAAGGCCAAGAACUGGGCUCGCCCCAUGGCCCGCAUCUCCGGCGACGCCUCUGCCGAUCUAGUGGACCACGCCGUGGCCAUGGCUUUUGGCCAGUCCCGGAGCACCAAUUACGUGCGCAUUCAGGCUAAUGGAUCGAGCUUUGGUUGCGGGGUGAGUGUUGACACUGACCCGAGUCCUAGCAAUAUGAGGAUGCUUGUUGGGGUUGCAGAUGAAAUGCUGUCACAGAAAAACGUGGAAUCCGUGCUUUUUGGGGGGAAGAGGAUUGGAGAGCAAAGCAAUUCCCAGAAACUUGACUGGUUUGCUGGAGAACUUGUGCAGGAGCAUCAAAGGAGGACUAAGAGAAUUGCCCCCAUUGUCACAAUCAAGAAAGCUACUCCAAUAGCUCCCAAAUAGUAUUCAAAAUAAUUAAGAAAAAGUGGAUUUGCAGUGCAGGUGAGAAAUUUGUGACUGAAGAAUUGAAGCUAAGAAUGAAGAGUGGUAAAAAUGCAGCUUUAACUUUUGCAAGAGUGAGAGAGAGUGGUGGCCAUUGAAAAAGACACUCAACUGUAAAAAGGAUGGGUAGGAUGAUCUUGGUGGGAUUCUUUGCCUACCAGAUCAGAGGGAUUGGCAUUUGGUGGACAUACCACUUUGAAAAAGUCAAAGUAAAUAAAACCCUUUAAUUUGAUAUAGGGAAAUAUAAUUGUGUGUUUUCUUGACAUAUAGUCCUCAAAAAAUGAUUGUGGAAUGGGGACUAAAAUGGGGAGAAAAACCCCUUAUGAUAGGCAAACCUUAAUAGUCUAGUGGUUCUGGUUUUCCUGUUUUCAUUUCUCCAUCCCCUCCUUUUAUGGGGUUUGUCCAAAAGCAAUUGGUAAUGGAUCAACUAAUUAGUGACAUUAGUGUUGUCACAGUACAUUUUCUCAUUCCAUUUCAGUGGUAUCUAUCCUUGUAUGUAUGUAUAUUGCUUGGGAGCUAUUUGACAUUGGUUGAAAGUUGUUGGUAAAA